CGAAACGGAAUCGAAGAACAGUUUUCCGAAUCAUCGGCGUCAUCGGUCGUUGUCGUUGUGUUUAAAAAUAUAUCACUCAUACGCACCGGAGAGCAGCGUUAAGUGAGAGAGCGAAAGCGAUAGUGAAAGUGCAAUGAUAUUCACUCCCUAAAUAAAUAAAUAAAUAAACACCACGAUUUGUUUAUAAUUAAAUCAAUUCUAUAUAGUAGAGCAGAGUGUUUUCAAAUUCUACCCGGAGUACCUAUAAAUAUGUAGAAUCAAGUGCCAGCCAGCAGCGCAUUAAUUUAUAAAUAAAUAUAUUAAAUAUAUUAGCUGGCCAGUGUGAGUGAGAGUCGAUAAAAAGCUCCCCCGAAAAGAAUUUUCUUGGGGAAAACGUGAAAACAAAUUGGUGAAUUAUCUCUAUAUACACACAAGCAGAGAAAAUAUAAAUAAAGGAAAACCCAAAGAAGCCAAAGAACUCGCUGCGAAUCGUAGAUCAUCCGUGUGACAUAUCCAAUAUAAUUAACCCCAUCGAACCGAAGUGAAAAUUCCUCCCUUGGCAUUGAUUGUUGACAUUCUCGCAUCGCACGUUACACAGAGAUAUGCAAAUGGAAAUAUGCGAGUCUUUUUAAGGAAAACUCACACGCACACACGAGUUGUAAAUUAAAUUCCCAAGCUUAAAGUGUCGACGACGCCGGCCAAAAGCCAGGACAAAGGACACACACACAGUCGGAGAACAGGUGCUUGUGACCUCCUGACCCGUGACCAGAGAGAGAGAGAGAGGAGAGACGAAGCGAACCGAGGACCGACAGUAAGCACCGCAGAAUUGAUGUCCGUGCGAAAGUUUGCCGGCAGCUGCUCAAAUGUUAUGCCAAGGACUCGACCAUUGCGAAUAAGGAUCCUGCGCGGGGGCGUGAGACCAGGAUUGGCCCACUAGAUCCCAGCACCCAGCAAGGAUGAGUGCAGCGGCAAGGCUGCUGCUCCGCCUGGAGCUACCAUCGCCGGGAGUGAUGCCACCACCGCCGACGGACUACGACUGGGGUCCCAUCAGCGAAAGUGAUUUCCUGGCCAGUGCCACGGCCACCGAGGUGGCCACUGUGCGCUAUGAUCUCCUGCCACAACAGAAUCACACGGUACCCGAAGAGCACUUUGUAUAUAACUACACACAUCCUGAUUUACUAUAUCCUCACUACGAUGACAUGGGUCUGGACAUGGAUCCCAAUUGGACACGAAUCUGCGAUGAUCGAUAUAAUCCCUUGUUGGAGGAUAACAAAAUAGAGUUCUGGGUAUGCGGAGUUAUCCUGAAUAUAGUGAGUGUCCUUGGCAUACUCGGGAAUAUAAUCUCCAUGAUAAUCCUGUCGAGGCCACAGAUGAGAUCGAGUAUUAAUUAUCUAUUGAUUGGAUUGGCCCGCUGCGAUACCCUGCUCAUUGUGACUUCGAUGCUGGUGUUUGGUAUACCCGCCAUAUACCCCUAUACAGGGUAUACAUUCUUCUACUACAACAACAUAUAUCCGUUUAUAGCGCCAGCGGUAUUUCCCAUUGGAUUAAUUGCUCAGACAGCCAGUAUAUAUAUGACUUUUACGGUGACUUUGGAGCGAUAUGUGGCCGUGUGUCAUCCUUUAAAGGCGAGAGCUCUCUGUACCUAUGGUCGUGCCAAGAUAUACUUCAUCGUUUGUGUAUGCUUUGCCGUGGCCUAUAAUAUGAUACGAUUUUGGGAGGUGGUCACCAUAAGCUAUACAGAUCCGGCCACAAAUGUGGUAUUCCAUUGUGUGAUACCCUCGAAAAUGAGAAGAUCAGAGGCAUAUAUAAAUAUAUACAUACACUGGUGCUACCUGAUUGUGAGCUAUAUAAUACCCUUCCUUACGCUGGCCAUUCUGAAUUGUUUAAUAUACAGGCAGGUGAAGAGAGCGAAUAGGGAGCGUCAGAGAUUGUCGAGAUCGGAGAGAAGGGAAAUUGGUCUGGCCACCAUGCUGCUAUGUGUGGUGAUAGUUUUCUUUAUGCUAAACUUUCUGCCUUUAGUUUUGAAUACUCUAGAGGCAUUCUACAGCACAAUAGAUCACAACAUCACCAAGAUCUCGAAUCUGAUGAUCACCAUAAAUAGCAGUGUCAACUUCUUGAUCUACAUCAUCUUUGGGGAGAAAUUCAAGCGCAUUUUUUUACUCAUUUUUUUCAAGCGCCGCCUGAGUCGUGACCAACCGGAUCUUAUCCAUUACGAGAGCUCCAUAUCGAACAACGGCGAUGGGACGCUGAAUCAUCGCUCUUCCGGCCGCUUUUCGAGGCACGGCACCCAGAGGAGCACCACCACAACAUACCUGGUGGCCACCGGCGGCGGUGGAGGCGGACAAGGAGGCGGCCCCGGCAAUUGCGGUGGUGGCAGUAAUUCCCUUAACAAUGUCCGUCUCACCCAGGUCUCGGGUUCACCGGGUCUUGUGAAGAUCAAGCGGAACAGAGCACCAUCACCGGGACCGGUGGUAUAUUUUCCUGCCCGCGAAAUGCAAAGAUCCGCCUCCACAAAUGCCAAUUCGGCCACCAAUAAUAAUACCUCAAUUGGUUAUGAUUGGACGCUGCCGGAUAGCAAGAAGCUGGGACAUGUCUCCUCGGGUUUCUGAGGGCAGGGGCUGGCUAGGGGUCAAGCGGAGGCAAUGCGGCACUGGGAGGGGUUAGUCUAGUCAAUAUACUAAUGUAAAUAAUAAAAAAAAAUACAAGGAGUUCCAGCAAAGGGACUGUGGCCAUAUUAACCUGUACAGAAGGCAUCAACUAAGCGCUCCAAGCGUUGCGUUACUUUGUGAUAAGAGUUAAGUGUUUCCUUUCCCUACAAACAAUUUCUCUAAUACUCCACGAUAAAAACACAAACUUUACUCCUUGAUAUAGCUGUUAAGAAGAAAAACCAAAUUCAACUUCUUUAACGAUCAAAUCAGGCUGAAGACAACUAGUUUAUUGAACUGAGAUCUAAAGAAUGUCUUUACAAAAAAAGAGUUUGAAUUGACUUUGUAUCAAUUUCGCACUAAAUUAGUCAGCGAAACUUUUCUGUAAAACCCAAUACCGUUUCCACUUUCCACUGGCCUUUUGGGCCAAAAGUUUUAUUUAUUAGCGUAAACUUUGGCUGGCCUUUAAUUAAAUAUCCUUUACAAAGCAUUUCUACGCUGGCUUCCAAACUUGAUGAAUGAUUUUUCCUUUUCUUUUGCUGAUUUCCCAGCAACUUUUCAAUAUCUUCCCACCCGGAAAUUGGUUCGCAAAAGAAGGGAAAGUUUAAAAAUAAGAAGGCCGAACAAUCUGUCAACUUGUCAGAAAGUUUUUAAAACGCCGCUCAAAGUUCAGUCAGCUCAAAAGUUUGCCAGCAUUAUUUAGUCCAGCCCUCAACUCAAGUAGCUCAAUUUAACAGCCAUUGCAGCCAAUGAUACAAAAUAAUAAUAAUAAUAAUACCAACAAAGGAAAAAGACAUUUUCAGGUGUUCACACAAGAAUUAUUUGUACUGCUCCUAGUCCAAAAAAAAAAAAAUAAUAAUAAUCCCCGCGCUAUUGUGUAAAUACUUUUAAGAGUCUUUGUAAAUAUUUCUUAACUAGCCUGUAUGCGAAGCAUAAAACGAAUCCCAAAGAUAAUGUAGAGUUCAAUUGAGAUUACUGAAAGUCCCGGCUUUGGAGAUUCUAAAUCAAUGUUUAAGGGUCAGAAGAAAAUGUAUUAAAAUUCAG